AUGGAAGAUGAAAUGAUAGAUAUUGAAGACACAACAAAUGCUAUAGUUAUAGAGCCCCAAGUGAAUCAAGGGAAACCAAGGUUUAAGAUGGAGUUUGAUACGGAACAAGACGCAUACGAAUUUUAUAAUGCAUAUGGGGGUAGAGUUGGAUUUAGCAUCCAGAGGGAGUAUUUUAAUAAUAGCCGUAAAACUGGGAAACUUUUAACGAGAUUGUUUACUUGUUGCAAGGAGGGUGUUAGGAAGAAGGAUAGAAGGGACAAACAUAUAAAGACUCCGCGAGCUGAAACAAGAACUGGUUACGGUGCACGAAUGCAUAUUAAAUAUGAUGAAGCAAAGGGAAACGUCCUGGCCAUUGAUGUGGACUUGGCUUCAGAGUCAGGUAUUGCAGCUCAUAAUUCAUAUGAGUUAAUGGCAAGGCAAGCUGGUUGUAAAGAAUCAGUUGGAUACAUUAAGCUGAACCAACAAAAUUAUAUAAGGACCCGCAGACAGAAUGAGCUUCAAUAUGGUGAGGCAGCAUGGCUCACCAAUUAUUUUGUCACUCAUGCUUGUGAUGAUCCUUCAUUUUUCUAUGCCUUACAGUUGGAUGCUGAACAGAUGAUAACCAAUAUAUUCUGGGCAGAUCCUAAAAUGAUAACUGAUUAUGGCCAUUUUGGAGAUGUUGUAACUUUCGACACUACGUACAAACUUGUACAUGGCAACCGUCCCUUUGCAUUGUUUUGGGGUGUAAAUCAACACCGGGAGACGGCUGUAUUCGGGGCAUCAAUGUCCGGAAAGACACCAAAAACAAUUUUGACUGAUCAAGAUGCAGCAAUGGCGAAGGCUUUGAUGCAGCAUGUUGGGUUCUUGUUUAAACGUGAUGAACGCAUCAAAAAUGUGAUAUCUAAAUUAAUGUUCGAAAUUGAGGAGGAUGAACAAUUUAUGUCAGAAUGGGAUUCAAUGCUAAGGGUGUAUGAUCUUGUUGGUAACACAUGGCUUGAGCAUUUGUUUAGCUUGAGACAUAGAUGGGCCAUGGCAUUCGUUAAAUAUACGUGGUGUGCGGGAAUGCGCACUACGCAAUUGAGUGAAAGUUUCAAUGCUUGCUUGAAGGAAUGCUUAUCGAGGCAACUCAUUCUUCCUGAUUUCUUCACCCAUUUUGAUAGGCUGUUGUCGGAUAAGCGUUACAAGGAGUAUGAAGCCGAGUACCAUUUGCUGCAGAGGAUUCCUUGUAGUGACAUGGAUAACAAUGGACAACGUGUUUAUAAAGUUACUAGUCGUAAUGGCAUGCAACGUUCUGUGACUAGAACACUUGAGGAUGAAUUAUCUUGUUCAUGUGGUAAAUUUGAAAUGAAUGGAUUUUUGUGCAGUCAUAUUUUAAAAAUCCUUGAGGAUUGUAUGAACAUCACUGAAUUGCCAUCUCGAUAUAUAUUAAGAAGGUGGACUAGGAAAGCCAGAAAUCCUAAACUUGAGAAAGUGAAUGAUAGCAUGGUCUCCGAAGUGGGAGGUGGCAGUUGUAGUCAAACAUAUCUAUUAGUCGAUGGCAAUGAAAAUCUAGGUGAAUGUGUACAUCAUCAAUGUUAUAUGCCACCACCACCUAUAAUGCACAAUAGGCAUGCUUUCCAACCUCCGUAUAGCCCCGGUAUUCAUUUUCCGCAACCCAUUACUCCAUUAAGUAACCAGUUGUUUUCAUCUGAACUAUUUAGUACUCCUUCUUCGUAUGGCGAAUCGUGCACGGCUAAUUUGGGAAGUCAAAUGUUAAGUGCAAUUUGGCUUUGGUACUACCUCCAAAUGGGAACUGGGUUGUAUGGAUGA